GGGGAUGCAGCUCACUCCUAACACAAUGGUCACUGUAACUGUCUCGUCUGCUGGUCGUGUCUCUCGAGCUCGAGGACUCCCUGUAACGCUCUCUUUUGAGGAUAAACAGCCAGAGGAAGUUACAAUCCGAGACGUCAAAGCGGCGGUCAAAGCCAAAUUCCCCAAAUUUUAUGAAUCGCGUCAGAAGCUAUCUCUCAAGGGCGAGAGGCAAGCGCUUGAAGAUGGCACGACACUGAAAGAUGCAGGACUGUUUGAUACAGGGGAGCUAAUAGUAAAGGACCUUGGACCUCAGAUCGGCUGGAAAACGGUCUUUCUAAUCGAAUACGUGGGGCCAUUGAUCAUUCAUCCCUUGAUAUAUUACAAUGCCCCCGCUUUCUAUGGAAGGAACGUUUUGCAUAGCACUGUGCAAAAGAUGGUCUAUUGCAUGGUGAUGUUGCAUUUCCUUAAGCGAGAGCUAGAGACCAUAUUCGUGCAUCGAUUCUCGCACGGGACGAUGCCGUUCCGUAACGUCUUCAAAAACUCUGCUCAUUACUGGCUAUUGAGUGGCUUGGCUUUGGCUUAUGCUGUGUACAGCCCGACGUACGCCGAAACGUCUUCGUAUGUCCACACGACAGCUCGUAACUACCCCGAGUACCGAAUGGGCUGUCUCGCGCUCUGGGCGUACGCGGAAUUGUCGAACUUGAUCACCCACCUGAACUUACGUUCCCUCCGGCCCGCUGGAACAACGAAACGUGCCAUCCCUUACGGUUAUGGUUUUGCCUUGGUCUCGUGCCCGAAUUACUUUUUCGAGUCUGUAUCGUGGCUAGCAGUUGCUCUCUUGACGAACAGCUAUGUUGCGUGGAUUUUCCUCGCUUUCUCAUCCUCUAUCAUGGCAAAUUGGGCAAUCAAGAAGCAUAAAGCAUACAGGAGGGAGUUCGGCAAAGAUUAUCCACGCGGCAGGAAGGCCAUUUUCCCUUUCAUUCUGUGACAUGUGCCGGUGGGACUUUCACGUAUCGACAGUAUCCACCAAUUCAAUGAAGCUCGAAAACUGCCCUAGGGCGUUUAGGAUAUCUCACGAAUGAUAUGUCCGUCUGAAUUUCACCUUUGCAUUCCACACAUAUGGCGCCGCGAUGCUUUUGAUUCCACGUAGCUUACGGAAUACUGUACGCUAACCACAUCUCUUCUUUGAUUUUCCCACCUUCGUCGAGUCCGUGUUUCACCCAAUCCCCUACGAGCAUUGCAACUAAGGUUUUGACUGACCAGCCUGCAAGGAUGAUGGCCGUAGUGAACAGUGGAUGGCAGUCCAGGACCACUCGGAGUCCGAACCCUGCGGCCAUGCCCCCCAAAACGUUUCGCACCACCC